CGUCACCAUUUCCGACGCACGUUGCUCGUUGCUUGUUUAGCAAUUAGCGGUUAGCAGUGAAAUCUGUCUUUACAUGGCGAAUGGAUGCGAAGACGUGUUGUUCAUGCGCGGAGCUGGGCAGAGUGAUGAUUCGGAUAUAUGGGAUGACACAGCAUUGAUAAAGGCUUAUGACAAGGCAGUUGCAUCAUUCAAGACUGCCCUAAAAGGCGAGGAUGAGCCUCAAGCCUCCAAGAAAAGCCAACCUGGAAAAAAACGCAAGAAUAACAAACGGAACCAGAGCAGGAAAAGAACCAAUGCACCCCCAGAUAAAGAGUGGCAGGUUGGGGACUCGUGCAGUGCUUACUGGUCAGAGGACGGCCAGCUCUAUGCAGCCACCAUCUCCUCCAUAGACGAGACGAGGGGCACUUGUGUAGUUGUUUAUACAGAUUACGGCAACGAGGAGGAGCAGAACCUUGCAGACUUGCUUUCAGAGAUUUCUGAGGGUGAUGCAGAAACCAAUGCCAAGGUAAAUGGGGCAGAAUCGUCAACAGAGGAGAGUGAAAGGUCAGCAACACCAAACCAACACAAACAGCAGCCCCACAGUAAACCUCAGAAGUCCAAGGCCCACAAAGGACCUCCUCCUAUGUGGGCUUCUGGUUUCCCAGGGUUUCCUCCAGGCCCACCUCCCAUGCAUGCAUUCAGACCGGGGGGGAGCAGACGAUCUGCUGGUCAUGGGCCUGUACCUCCUUCCUGGCCUCCCAUGAUGCCUUUUGGGCCACCAAUGAUCCCUCCACCUCCACCCAUGAGCCCUGACAUGGUGGAUGACGAGGCCUUGGGCAGCGUGCUCAUCUCCUGGUACAUGAGUGGAUAUCACACGGGAUACUACUUGGGGUUGAAACAAGGACGCAAAGAAGCUGCCAAUUGGACGAAACUGCACCACAAAUGAAAUGAUCAAGUCAAGAUUUCAUGGUGUCAGUUACUCAGGGCAUCACCCGGAGCGGCAGUCACCCUCCCUGUUUUGUCUGAUGUGUGUUCUUCUUUUUUCGAGCAGAAAUGUUAUAAAAUGAAGUGUACUUGCUGUGAGCAGAACGUACAUCGGAGUUCAAGGACGAGAGUUUUGUAUUCUUUGUAAAUAGAUGAAAUAAAGCAUUUCAGAGCACUUGA